GAGACUUUUGUUCUGAGGAUUGCUGCAGCCUGCAAACACUGCCCUCUUUGUGUACAAUGCAGGGGCGGACUGACAACUCAUGGGGCCCCCGGGCAAUAGGGGAUCAUGGGGCCCCUAUGUCCUUGCCCAAACUCAAAAAAGCCUAUGAAAAAGUUACCAGGGGCAUCUCAUGGGCCCCCCUACUGACCCCGGGCCCUUGGGCAGUGCCCAAGUUUCCAAAUGGUCAGUCCGCCCCUGCACUGGUGUGCUACUGUUAGGAAGUGUUUACACAUGGCUGG